AUGGCCAACAAAUCUCGAGGCAGCUGGUUCAAAUGGUUCGCUGAUGGCGAUAGCCCGCGGGAGCGGAAGCUGAUCACCAAACUUGAUCUUCUCAUUGUUCCCUACGCUGUCUUGGCAUACUGGGUCAAGUACAUGGAUCAAUCCAACUUGAACAAUGCCUACGUCUCAGGGAUGAAAGAGGACCUCAAGUUUGAGGGCAAUGAGCUGGUCAAGCUGCAAACCUUUUACGUCGUCGGCGCCGUCACUGGACAGAUUCCUUUGAUGUUCCUGCUCACUUAUAUUCCCAUGCAUUGGUUGAUCCCCGCUCUCGACAUUCUUUGGGGUGCUGCUUUCUUUCCCGCUGUGAAUUAUCUUCUUGGAGCUUGGUACCGUGGUGACGAACUGGCCAGACGUGGAGGUAUCUUUUACAUCGGCCUAUACCUAGGAACCCUCACUGCCGGUCUCAUCCAGGCCGGCGCCUCGGCCCAGUUGGACGAUGUCCACGGCCUCGCCGGCUGGCGCUGGAUGUACAUCAUCUGCGCCAUCAUCACCAUCCCGAUCGGCAUUCUCGGAUACUUCGUCAUCCCAGGUACCCCCGAACAGCCUAACAGAGUGUGCCUGUCCCAGGAAGACAUCGACCUCAGCACUGAGCGACUGUCUCGUGCUGGCCAUCAGUCCCAUGGAAAGCUUGGCUUGAACACCCUCAAGCGGAUCGCCAUGAAGCCGCAGUUCUGGACCAUCAUCCUUCUCGACGUCCUUUUCUGGAACUCUCAGCUGCAUACCAGCUCUGGAAGUUUCCUGCUCUGGAUCAAGUCUCUUGAGCGCUAUACUAAGGCCCGCAUUAACGAACUUGGCACGAUUGCCCCGGCGCUGGGUAUCUUCUACGUUCUCCUCGUGUCUUUUGCCUCUGAUCUAUACCUUGGACCUGCUUGGGCUAUUACGGCUGCCUAUACCUGGAAUAUCAUUGGCCUCAUUAUCCUCAUCGUCUGGAGUGUCCCCGAAGCUGCGAAAUGGUUUGCCUUCUCAACCAUCUACUCUGCCAACGCCAUGGCACCAGCACUUCACGGCUGGGUCAACACGCAGCUGAGAACAUCGCCAGCGGAGAGGUCCUUUGCUCUUGUUCUCAUCACCGCCAUUGCCCAGUCAUCCACAGCAUGGACGCCCUUGCUGGUCUACAAGACGGUCGAAGCUCCUCAUUUCAUUAAGGGCUUUUCCUUCUCGCUUGGAUGCUCUGUUGCCCUGGUAAUUGCGACGCAUCUGCUGAACCAAUAUCUCAAGAGACGAGAUCCUCAAACCGUGGAUCCGGCUGCUCAGGUUGCUGUCGAAGAAGCGGCUGUCAGCCCCGAUCUCAAGAGCGCGAGUGCUAAGGAAACCGAGAGAGACGGUCUCAGCUCAUGA